AUGGCUCAUCCACAAGAUCCUAUUACAGUUUCAGACGAUGACGUUACAGUGUCAUCUGAUUCAUCACGCAAGCCUGCUGCUAUUACAGCGCUUCUCAAACCGGAGAAUGCAAAAAAGCGCAAACAUGAACCAGAGGUUCUUGAUAAGGUUGAAUGGAGCGAUGAGUCCGAAUAUGACUAUAAGGCGUUCAAAAAGCGCAAGAAGGAGAAGGCAAAGUCGUCCGCUAAAGGCAAAGGGAAAGCCGUCGCGAAGCGUCGAACACGCAAGAUUGUCAAAUCGGACAAGGUCGGCGCUCGUAUGAAUGACGAUAGUGUGUCGUCUUCUGACUCGGAGUAUCUCUCAAAGCUACUCCCUCAGCACAUACAAGACCGUCGUAAACAAUUUGACCAAAAUCGUGAAAUCUUGCGCGAAGGCGGACUGCGGCUGCCUCCUGACUAUUCAGACAUUUACUUUUCUGAUAAUGAUAACCUCGCGGAUCUAGAAGAGAAGCCCCAGUUUGAUGAGAAGAGUGGAAUCAAGCCAUCUCGCCCCUAUAAGGAUGUCGUUCUGGAACAUUCAGCUGGUAUUAUCCCUGCUUCCAUCGCCCAGUACCUUCGCGACUACCAAGUUGAAGGGGUCAAAUUCCUACAUUAUCUCUUCGUAUAUCAGAAGGGCGGUAUCCUUGGCGAUGAUAUGGGCCUAGGGAAAACUGUCCAGGUUGCCGCAUUCCUCACCGCCGUCUUCGGUAAGACUGGUGAUCGUCGAGAUGCUAAGAGGAUGAGGAAAUUUCGAAGAGCAAAGAACGAUUGGUAUCCCCGCGUUCUUAUCAUCUGUCCUGGAUCAUUGAUCCGGAACUGGAGGAAUGAACUGACUAGGUGGGGAUGGUGGGAUAUCGAUCUGUAUCAUGGCGCGAACAAGGAUGACGUCCUGGGCUCCGCACGGGCGGGUAGAAUCGAGAUUAUGAUCACUACCUACACCACAUAUAAAAAUAGCUGUGAUCAGGUUAACAGGGUACCUUGGGACGUUGUGGUAGCAGAUGAAUGCCAUAUGAUCAAGGAUAUCACCGCCGGAGUCACCAAGGCGAUGAACCAAGUCAACUCUCUUUGCAGGAUCGGUUUAACCGGGACAGCGAUCCAAAACAAAUACGAGGAGCUCUGGGCACUACUAAACUGGACAAACCCUGGCCAGUUCGGCACACUUGGUGAGUGGAAGAAUACCAUUUGUAAGCCCUUGACUAUCGGUCAAUCGCACGAUGCUACCAUUCAUCAACUUAGCGAAGCUCGCAAGACGGCAAAGAAACUUCGUGACAACCUUCUACCUCGAUUCUUUCUUCGGCGGAUGAAGAGCCUAAUCGCACAUCAGCUACCCAAGAAGAGCGAUAAAGUUGUUUUCUGCCCACUUUCCGAUUUACAGCGCGAAGCAUACGAAAAUUUACUAGAUAGUGAGCUCGUCAGCUUUGUACGGAAGGCUUAUGAUUUUUGCCCUUGCGGGUCGCAAAAAAAGCGAGGAUGGUGCUGUUUCAAAGUCAAUUCGGAUGGAGAGUCUUGGAAAUCCCUAGUAUUUCCAAUUGUCAUAUCGUUGCAAAAGUUAUCGAACCAUUUCAAUCUUCUUAUUCCCCAAACUUCAGACUUGCCAGACAAACACAGGAGAGAACUUCGGUUUCUUCAGGCUGCCAUGCCGCAAACCUGGGCAAAUCUUUACGCCAAUCGAGAUUCGCUACUCAGUCUAGCCAAUCCCGAAUUCUGCGGGAAAUGGAAAGUCCUCAAGAAGCUCCUGAAGUUCUGGCACACUGGUGGUGAUAAAGUCCUGGUCUUCUCUCAUAGCGUGCGACUUUUGAAAAUCCUACAACACUUGUUCAAUAAUACAAGCUACAGCGUCAGCUACCUAGAUGGGUCGUUGACUUACGAUGAUCGACAGCAGGUGGUCGAUGAUUUUAACUCCGACCCAAACCAAUUUGUGUUUCUAAUCUCAACCAAAGCUGGCGGAGUCGGGCUCAAUAUCACAUCGGCUAAUAAAGUCGUUAUAAUGGAUCCACAUUGGAAUCCGUCUUACGAUCUCCAGGCCCAGGAUCGCGCUUAUCGGAUUGGUCAAGUGCGUGAUGUUGAUGUUUAUCGUCUGAUCUCGACGGGUACCAUCGAAGAGAUUACCUAUGCAAGGCAAAUUUACAAGCAGCAACAGGCAAAUAUCGGAUACAACGCCUCCAACGAACGCCGGUACUUCAAAGGAGUGCAGCAGGAUUCCGACCGAAAGGGAGAGAUCUUUGGAAUGCAAAAUUUGUUGACUUACCAUGGUGACCAAGCUAUCCUCCGUGAUAUUGUAAAUAAAACAAACGUGGCAGAAGCCAAGGCGGGCGUGAGGCUGAUAGAUAUCGACAUGGAGAAGGCAGCAAAAGAUAUUGAAGAGGAUCAUCUUGUCAAGAAGGAAGAAGAGGAUGACGAUACUGGUGGACUCAAGCAGCUUUCCACUCUUCUCACUAGGGAUGACAAUAAGGACGGUAUCUUGAAGCCAUCAGGCGCAGGACAACCCAAACAUUUCGAUCCUAUACAGGCAAUUCUCGCUUCGGAGGGGGUCGAAUACACCCAUGAAAACUCAGAAGUCGUUGGCUCGUCAAAAGUGGAGGAUGAGCUGUCUCGACAAGCGGAGAUGGUUGCGAGCCAAGACGCUGACCCUGCAGCCUUGGCUCUGUUCUUUGAUAGCCAGAAUGCUUCAGUCCAAAGGUCAAUUGAGUACGAGUACAACCCCCCAGAAGACGUCAGACGGCGUCAGUUCUGCACGAUGGCGAAGACCUUUAAUUUUCCCAACGUGACUGAGUUCGCCCUAGCCGUCGAGAGCAUGACCCAAGAGGAACGGAGGAAUUGUCUAGAGCUCUUCUAUAGGAAGCGUGCUGAAAGAUUGAAGAAUCUAGGGGAGGUUGGCGAAUCAGUUAUCGGCAACUUGAAGGCCGAACAGGACACUAAAAAUGGUAUCAAGGUGAAGGAAGAAAAGAUUGAGGAGGAUGUGAAGCCCAUAUCGACAGGUGUCAAGGAAGAUGCGAUGGAUGCUAAGAUCAAAGUGGAAGAUACCAAGCCUAGCAAGUCACCAGACGUAAAAGUGGAAAGCAGCAACACCCCGCGUGGUGUUGAGACGAAGGUCAAGAAGGAGAACAUUCCGGCGAAGCCCAUGAGGCCGUCUAUGUCUAUAUGGCUUUCGGACGACGACGAGACGGAGGAGUUGUAA